UAGUGCUUCACUAUUAAAGUGAGGAGUUAAGAACAAGGCAGCAGCUAACAUCCUUUACUGCACCUUAUUUGAAUUUUAGCAGAAUGGUUAGAAAUUAUGGCUUCCUUGUCUGCAUUCUUCUCAUGGUCAUGGAUGUUGUUGCUGGAAUACUUGGAAUUCAAGCAGAGAUAGCCCAAAACAAGGUGAAGGAUUUGAAGAUGUGGGUGUUCGAGUGCAGGGACCCAAGCUAUCAUGCUUUCAAACUAGGACUUGCUGCUGCCAUUCUCUUGGCCUUUGCUCAUGCAAUUGCUCACUUGCUUGGUGGGUGCAUUUGCAUGUGGUCCAAGGAAGAGUACCAAAGUUCCACGGCCAAUAGACAAUUAACAUUUGGUUUUCUUACUUUCUCGUGGAUAGUAUUAGCAGUUGCAUUCUCCAUGCUUAUCAUAGGCACAUUAGCCAACUCAAGAUCAAGAGAAUCUUGUGGGAUAUCAAACCAUCGUUUUCUAUCAAUUGGAGGGAUUUUAUGUUUCAUUCACGGAUUGUUCACUGUUGCCUAUUAUGUUUCUGCAACGGCCACAAGAAGGGAAGAAAAGAGACAAAGAAACACCGUUGUAGACUUGUAGCUGUAGGCCACCAUUAAUCAUUUACUUAGUGCCUGAUUGUAUUGGUUUGUUCUGACAAGAUAAUUAUUUGCAUAAA